AUGCCUUCAGCCGCGAGUAUUCACAAGCGCCAUGCGUACGGCAAAAAUGCCCAUAUGUAUUACCCGGUGCUUAUUGUCGGGGCCGGAGAGUCAGGAGUAGCCAUGGGCUGCCGCAUGAAAGAGGUCCUAGGAAUAGAUCAAUUCCGAAUUUUUGAACGACAGUCAGGUAUUGGAGGCACUUGGUGGAUUAAUCGGUAUCCUGGUGUCGCAUGCGAUAUCCCAGCGGCACUGUACUCUUUUUCUUUCUCUCCCAAGAAAGAUUGGUCGACUUUGCAUCCCCCUGGUGCGGAAAUCGCACAGUAUCUGGCGGAUGUUUGUGAGAAAUAUCAGAUCGUCGACAAGAUCCAAUUUCACACCGAUGUGAAGCAGCUCCGAUGGGUGGAGGAGGAUGAAGAAUGGGAGGUUACACUUUCCCAUCUCGUUCCCGGAACCGGUGAUCUCUCCUCAUAUGAACGCGAGCAACUUGCUGCAAAAGAAGGCCAGCAUCGUGUAUAUAUCAAAACCGAGAUGGUGCGGGCGAAGAUCGUUGUGAGCGGCGUGGGAGGCCUAGUUGAGCCCAAGACAUGGCCAGAUGACAUCCCAGGUAUUGAGGAAUUCCAGGGAGAGGUCAUGCAUACCGCUAGGUGGAACAGCGAUAUCGACUUACAGGACAAAGAUGUGGUUGUUGUUGGUUCGGGCUGCAGUACAGCACAGGUCAUCCCGGUAUUGGUGAAGGAAGGUCAUGUUCGCUCUAUUACACAACUGAUGCGAACACCUCCUUGGGUGGAGCCGGACUUACUCCCUCCUACUGCUCUCGCAUGGUUUGAGAAGUGGGGUCCGACCCUGACGACCAAUGUCCCUGGCCUUGGACUAUUUCUGCGCACCUAUAUUUUCUGGGCGGCUGAGCGAAACUGGUUUUCCAUGUUCGCUGACAGCGCCUACGGUCGUUGGAAGAAACCACAGAUUGAGAAGAGAUUUUUGGAUAACAUGCGCUCCUGGGCGCCGGAGGAAUACCAUGAGAUCCUUACUCCGAAUUAUAGCCUUGGGUGCAAGCGCCGCAUUAUUGACAGUACUUGGUAUAAAAGUCUGAAUGCGCCAAAUGUUGAACUUACAACGCAGCCAUUGAGUCGAGUGCAUGCGCAGAGUGUCAUCUUAGGACCUGGGAAUUACUAUCCAACCAACACGACCAAGUCAAUCGGCGAAACUCGGGAGAUACCGGCCGAUGUGAUCAUUCUAGGAAACGGAUUCGAAACUAAUAAGUGGCUGCAUCCAAUAAAAGUCAUGGGGAAGGAAAAGAAAGAUAUGGAAGAUUACUGGAACGAGCGUGGAGGUGCGCAGGCAUAUCUCGGAAUUGCAAUGGAUCACUUUCCAAACUUCUUCAUGGUCUUUGGUCCAAACACAGCAACGGGCCACACCAGCGUGAUCUUUGCCACUGAAAAUGCGGUAAACUACUCCUUGAAAUUCAUCAAACCCAUUCUGGACGGUCAUAUCAGUUCAUAUGAAGUCAAGGAGGCAGCGGAGCGGUCUUGGGCACAGCAGGUGCAGAAUCAACUGCAGAACACAGUCUUCCGGCGUGGCGUGUGCUCAAGCUGGUAUAGCACUGCAGAUGGAUGGAACUCAACCACUUACCCAUACACUCAACUCCACUACUGGUACCGAUGUACUUUCCCUGUAUGGCGGGAUUGGACUGCGAAGCCGACACGGAAAGGCUUGAUAGCUCAGCGAACUCGUAGGGCUUUGAGAUUAUCUGUAUUUCUUGGACUCAUUGGCGGACUCGUGUGGUUAAGGAAGAAGCCGCAGCAUCAACAGCAAGUGAUUGAAUCAACACCCCCACAGACGGGUCCCGGUGAUCAGGCCACAAGUCCGGUCGCAGAUUCGGCCAAGAGAAAGGCGGAACAGGGCAACGGAACUCAGACGCGCGCAAAGCGGAAUCGUUACAUCUCCAUCGCAUGUAACGAAUGCAAGCGUCGCAAGAUCAAAUGCAAUGGACAGGUUCCAUGUCAACGAUGCGGGCAUCUUAAUCUGGAAUGUCGAUAUGCGCCGAACUGCUGUAACAACAACUUUAAAGACUCGGAGGAAUUUCGGUCAAUGGGGUCGCAGAUAGCGACACUUCAAGAUCAAGUCAAUAGUCUUUUCAAUAGUCUCAACGACCUCCGAACUCAGAAACCAAGCUUUGAGAGCCCUCACUUCGAUCACCUCUCUCGUGAUGGCUCCUCUCAAUCGGUUUUUACACCUUUGCCUGGCGCGAUGCCAAAGGUUCGAUCCCGGCAUCCACGUUUCCAUGGCCCAACGAGCUCAGCAUUUAAUUUUGACGUUGCCAAGUCAAGCCUUCAAAGUAUGGGCAUCACGCCGGCGGAGGAUGUGAUAGCUGAUGACUUGACAACUGCACAUGUUACGCCGGCCGGCUCGCCGCCUCCACUUAUAAGUCCUCAUAUUCCCACUGUUCAUCCGACCAAGGAUCCUCUCUGGACCAUCCGUCGUGAGGAGACUGUACGUCUAUGCAAGGUAUAUGAAGAAGAAAUCGGGAUUAUGUAUCCUUUGGUCGAUAUUACUACGGUCAUCAACCAGGCCAAUUUACUAUACACAUUCAUGGAAGCCGCCACACGCACUGGCUUUGCACAACGAGCUUUCCCUGGAGCUGAUAGCCUUCAUGAUGAAAGUUCAAUUCUUCUGAAGCUAAUCCUCGCGACCACACUCGUUGUGGAAGGGGGCGGACAAAGUGACCUUGGUCAGCGGCUAUAUCUGAGUAUCAAGCCUGUGAUUGAAUCUAAAUUAUGGGAGCCUCAUGACAUCAGAAAUAUUCAGCUAUUUGCCAUAGUGGCUACCUACCAUUUCCACACAGACGACGAUGCAAUGGCCUACCGACUGAUUGGCUUGGCUGCGCGCAUGUGCCUGGAGAUGGGUUUUCAUCGUCGAGAAGCCUUGUUAAAGUCAUUUCCAAACGAGGACCAAUGGAACGAAGUCACUCGCAUCUUUUGGACAGUUUACAGUUUGGAUCGACGAUGGAGUUUGGGCACCGGAUUGCCCUUUGUGAUCCAAGAUGAGGAUAUUGAUCCUAAUCUACCAGAGCCCGACGCAUCGUUGCCAUAUUUACGGUGUAUGAUCUCAUAUAACCGAAUCAGUUCCAAGAUUUGGUAUUCUGGCCUUGGUUCAGAAGGAACGACAGAUAUUCGACGUGAUGAGAUCGGUUACUUGGAUUACCAGGUUUUACAGUGGUACAAACAAGUACCAGAUGAACUGAAAUUCUAUCCCGUCGAGUCCCCCAAAAAUGGAGAAACUGCAAGUCGUGGCAUGAGGCGUCUCAGGAUUCUGCUGUACUUGCGAAUGAACCAGCUACGAAUUCUGAUUUAUCGUCCAGUGCUCCACUCUGCGGCGAGUAUUGCAGAGGACCGAGGCCAUGCUCAGACCGUGGUGGAUAUUGCAAAGGACACCGUUCGAGUGCUUACACGUUUGAACCAGAUGUCUGAUAUAUAUCGUACCCAGCAGAUCACCUUUAACUACUUCCUUGUUGCUGCACUAGCGGUACUGUUCCUUGCUGUGUGCCAUGCACCUGCCGACUUCAACCGACAGGUGCGGGACGAGUUCUACAUGGCUUUGAAUUUGAUCAAUGGGUUCAGUACCAAAUCAUUUGUAUCCAAACGGCUAUGGAAGACCAUUAGAGGUCUUCGUAUGAUUGGAGAGAAACUGGGAGUUCUGGCCCGUCCAUUUGGCACUGAUUCUAAUGAUCCCCAUUCUACCGCAGCGGUGGCCAUGGCAGGCCUUGCCGGGCAUUCGAUCGAUGACCUGGCUGCCUAUGGGCCAAUGAAUGGAAUUGACGAGCUUGGGAACAGCCCGUUGAAUGGCGUGCAGAUGAGCCAUGAGCUGACACAUCUAUUUGAGGCAGUUGGUUCAUUUGGCAGCUUCAUGCCUAGCACCAGUGGCCCCGAAGGCAUUAAUGGAUUCGUUGGGACAGAUGGAGAGAUCCAGAAUACCGGUGAAGGACUUUCUGGGAUUCUUGGUGGCGAGGAGGAGUUUUCUCGUAUCCUUCGUGACUUGUUCUGA